AUGCCGUUUGGAUUGUGCAAUGCUCCAGCAACGUUUGAAAGGUUGAUGGAGCUUGUACUUACCGGGCUAAUUGGAGAUGCCUGUCUGGUCUAUUUGGAUGACAUCAUCAUCGUAGGCCGUACGUUUGAGGAACACCUUCAAAACCUGGAACGCGUGCUCGUGAAGAUCCAGAGUGCCAACCUCAAGUUGAGUCCGAAGAAGUGCUCACUAUUCAAACGGCAAGUUAGUUUUUUGGGGUAUGUAGUGUCGGAAGAAGGUAUCCGCACGGAUCCAGAGAAAAUUGCCGCUGUCAAGGAGUGGCCGGUUCCAAAAGACAAGACACAGGUUAGAGCAUUUUUGGGUUUGUGCUCUUAUUAUCGGCGAUUUGUGAAGAACUUUGCAGAUAUAGCCAAACCUCUGCACAAGGUAACCGAGGAGAAGCGACAUUUCUGCUGGGAUAAAAGUUGCAAUAUUGCAUUCCAGGAGCUCAAGAACCGUCUGUGCAAAACACCUAUUUUGGGGUACCCUGAUGCGGGCAAGGAAUUCAUAGUUGACACAGACGCAAGUGAUAUAGGACUUGGCGGAGUGUUGUCUCAACGGAAUGGUGAUCAAGAGAUUGUGAUAGCGUACUUCAGCAAGUCGUUGUCAAAGCCGGAAAGAAACUAUUGUGUCACAAGACGGGAAUUGCUUGCUGUGGUAAAGUCCUUGCAGCAUUUUAGCAAAUAUCUCCUGGGGCAGAAAAACUACUUACGAAGUGACCAUGCUGCACUGAAAUGGCUAUUGCAGUUCAAAAAUCCGGAAGGACAAGUUGCGAGAUGGAUUGAACUACUACAGGAAUACGACUUUGUGAUCGAACAUCGCAGCGGGAAAUCUCAUGGCAAUGCAGAUGCAUUAUCAAGAAGACCUUGCCCUUAA